AUGUAUCUACCACUGCGGCUUGAUGGCGGCAGCAACAAUUGCUCCGGAACGGUUCAGUUAUUGUUCAACAACAGCUGGGGCACAGUGUGUGAUGACUCCUGGGAUCUUGCCGAUGCCAAUGUCGUCUGCAGGCAGUUGGGAUGUGGCGCUGCUCGUUGGACUCCAGCAGCGGCUGCCAUUGCCCCAGUCUCCGGGGAUAUCUGGCUGGAAGAAGUCAAAUGCACAGGAACUGAAUCAUUCCUGUCCCGUUGUCUGGCUUCACCGCUCGGUCAGCAUGACUGUGAUCACAAGGAAGAUGUCAUUGUUAUUUGUUCCGGUCCAGUUUUGACUCCCUCUGGCUCCAGCAUUUCAGUGUUGGGGAAUAAGAUGCCCUCUAUGAUUGUUGUCGCCUGUAUAACCCUUGGAAUCGUCCUCAUCGGUGAAUUACUCGCACUGAUGAUGAUAUCACGUAGACGGGCAGCAAAACGAGCUGCAGAUAUUAGUGGCAGGGGAUCACCGAUCGUCUUUUACCAGGCAAUUUAUGAAGAGAUUGAGGAUAUUCCUGCAGCCAGCAAUUUCAGUCAGACACAUGAUUCAGGUGAGUAUUUGCACCUGACAUCCAUUUUUGAAAGGAUAAAUGUGGCCUCAAUUCCAACAAUCGCAUUAAUGAUCACGUAA